GUGACAAAACACACGCACGCACACCCGCCGCCUCCUUUUCGAUCUUGCACCUGCACGGCUGCGUGGAUCUGCUCGCCUCUUGUGCCUAGAAAAGAGUUGGCGUUCGAUCGGAAAGUUCAAGGUCGGUGUGAUUCUCGCAGCUCGGUGAGAAUUUGCGCCGCGGUUCAAUGUGAGAUUUGGCCCGGGGCGAGUUGGAUUUUUGGCGCCGUGUCCUUUCAGGUGGUUGCGACUUGGUUCCUGGGAGCGAAGCGGCGUUAAGACCGGUGAGCUCGUUCUUGCGUCCAUCCAUCGAGCGGCUGCUGGUUUGAGAAUUUGAGGAGGCAUGGAGAGCUCCCACUCCGGCGGCGGCGGCGGCGGUGGCGGUGGUGGGCCGCCGCCGUUCUUGAUCAAGACGUACGAGAUGGUGGAGGACGCGACGACCAACCACGUCGUGUCGUGGGGCCCCGGCGGCGCCAGCUUCGUCGUGUGGAACCCGCUCGACUUCUCCCGCGACCUGCUGCCCAAGUACUUCAAGCACAACAACUUCUCCAGCUUCAUCAGGCAGCUCAACACCUACGGGUUUCGAAAAAUCGAUCCGGAGAGAUGGGAGUUCGCGAACGAGGAUUUCAUACGAGGCCAAACACACCUUCUGAAGAACAUCCAUCGACGCAAGCCGGUGCACAGCCAUUCGCUGCAGAACCAGAUAAACGGGCCGCUCGCUGAAUCGGAGAGGCGCGAGCUCGAGGAAGAGAUCAACCGGCUCAAGUACGAGAAGAGCCUCCUGGUCGCGGAUCUCCAGAGGCAGAGCCAGCAGCAGUACGUGAUCAACUGGCAGAUGCAGACGCUGGAGGGCAGGCUGAUGGCAAUGGAGCAGCGGCAGAAGAACAUGGUGGCUUCCCUGUGCGAGAUGCUGCAGAGGCGUGCGGGCGGCGGGGUCGUGUCGUCGAGCUCGCUGCUGGAGGCCGACGACCACUUCAGCAAGAAGAGGAGGGUUCCGAAGAUCGACCUCUUCGCCGACGAUGGCGCCGCCGUGGAGCAGAAGGUGUUUGAGCUGCAGGGAAUCGGCGGCUCGGAGACACCAGGCGUAUCUCCGGUGUUCCCUGUGAAUGGUGAGAAUCUUGACAGGGUUGAGCUGAGCUUGGUCUCCCUGGAGAAACUCUUCCAGAGAGCGAACGAUGCGUGCACAGCUGCGGAAGAAAUGUACCAUGGUGGCACUGAACCCAGCACUGCUGUGACUCCUGCAGAGAUGAACACUGCACCAAUGGAAACUGGAAUCAAUCUUCAGUUAUUACCAGCCAGCCUCCAUUCCACUGAAUUCGCAGAGUCUCCUACUUUUGUCCACAGUCCAGAGCUGCCAAUGGCUGAGAUUCAUGAACACGCCCGCGUGACAGCUGAAGCUGAUGUGAAUUCAGAGAUCGCAUCCUCCACUGAUACUUCACAAGACGGCACGACAGAAACUGAGGCUUCGCUUGGGCCGACCAACGACGUGUUCUGGGAGCGGUUUCUCACCGAAACCCCACAAUCUUGUUUUGCUGGGUCAGAAAGACAGGACGACGCAAAGGAACGCUUGGACUGCAAUGGCUUCCGUCACCGGGAGAAAGUUGAUCAGAUCACCGAGCAAAUGGGGCACCUUGCUUCAGCCGAGCACACGCUGCGUACCUGAUGCAGUAAUACCAUUUCUUUGCACUGGUUUUUAAUUUGUAGUGCUAUGUAAAUUUGGUAAGACGGUAAAUUAUAGCUUAGAUCGCCUUAGGAGGCUUGUGUGUUCUUUUACAAGAUUUAUUCUACCCUUUUUUUAGAUUACGGUAGGCCUUACACAGUUUAUAAUCCUGAUGUAUCCGCUGACUUCUGUGCAUAUAAGAGUUUUUUGGAUACAACAGCAGAAUAUAUCCAUUUUUGUACUCCAUUUCCCUUUUCUGGGGCGCAAGAAUUUUAAAA